AUGGCCGACGCAUCGCUCCAAGCCGUCGUCGAGGCGCUCAACGUCCUCUACACGAACCCGGACCGGGAGGCGAAGGAGAAGGCGAAUGCGUGGCUGGGCGAGUUCCAGAAGAGUAAUGAAGCAUGGGCGACUGCGCAAAUGAUCCUGUUUGCGCCAGACGCCCCGCUCGAGCCGAAACUCUUCGCGGCGCAGACCUUCCGGACAAAGAUCACGUACGACCUGGCAACCCUCCCUCAAGAACAGCUCAUUCCUCUCCGCGACUCCCUCCUCGCUGCCCUCCGUUCCUUCGCCUCCGGUCCCCGUGUCGUCCUCACCCAGAUCUGCAUCGCCCUCGCCGACAUCGCUCUUCAGCUGACAAAGGCGCAAUGGGACGACCCGGUCGCGUCGAUGAUCGACAUGUUCGGCAAAGAGCCGGCGAUGGCGGCUGCGUUGCUCGAGUUCUUCCAGGUGCUGGCCGAGGAGUACAACAGUAACUACAAGAUCAACGUCAACAACGACUUUGGGCGGGAAGGAGACGCGACGGUGAAGCGGGGGGAGCAGGUCAUCGGGCUGCUGUCGAUGUAUGUCCAGGCGCCAGGCAUCACCGCUGGACUGCAUAACCAGUGCUUCGCGACUCUCGGCGCAUGGCUGCGAACAGGCCAGAUCCGCGCUGGCUCGCUCGCUGGCACCCCCAUCCUCGCCUCCGCCUUCUCCUCCCUCUCGAACGACCAGCUCUUCGACAACGCCGUCGACGUACUCGUCGACAUCAUCCACGAAACGCAGGAACUGCAGGAGAACAUCGCCAUCAUCCAGGAGAUCAUGCCCCGGCUGACGGCUCUCGGUGCGAACUUGGCGAAUGAGGACACGCGGGAAGACGAGGACAAGAUGCGAGGGUACUGCCGGAUAUUCGUCGAGGCGGGAGAGUGGUACGAGCCGCUCAUCGUCCAGCACCCGGACACCUUCCUUCCCCUCGUUGAGCUCAUCAAGCAGUGCGCGGCGUACGAGGGGCUCGAUGUCGUCGGCAUCACCCUCAACUUCUGGUACCGCCUCUCGCAAGGUGUCCACCGAGCCGGCCCGAACCCGUCCAUGGCGCCGCUCCUCCAGGUGUUCGCAGACCUCGUCGGCAUCGUCAUCCGCCAUCUCCACUUCCCCGACGACUCGACACCUCUGACCGGCGAGGAGCGCGACACAUUCCGCGACUUCCGACACAAGAUUGGCGACACGCUCAAGGACUGCUGCAAGGUCCUCGGCGCUGGGCCGUGUCUCCAGCAAGCAUACGACGUUAUCGCGCAGGCUGUUGCGGCUGGUGACGCGGUGCGGUGGCAGGACGUCGAGGCGCCUCUGUUCUCGAUGCGCUCGAUGGGCGCGAUGAUUGACGUGCACGACAACGAGCUCGUCCCGAAGAUCAUGGAGCUUCUGCCGAAGCUCCCUCAACACCCUCGCAUCCGCUACGCCGCCAUCCUCGUCAUCGGCCGGUAUACCCACUGGACGCAGCAACACCCGGACCUGAUCCAGUUCCAGCUGCCGUACGUCUCGGCCGGCUUCGACGACACCGACCCGGAAGUCCUCGCCGCCGCCUCGCAGACGAUGAAGUACCUCUGCAAGGACUGCCCUGAACACCUCGUCGCCUUCCUUCCUCAGCUCCACACCUUCAUCCAGACUGUCUCGUCCAAGCUGAAGGGCGAGGACCUGCUCGACCUCUCCGCCGCCAUCGCCCACAUCCUCAUCGCCAUGCCGCCCUCCCAGAUCCCCUCCGCGCUCUCGACCUUUCUCAUGCCCAACGUCGAGAUCGUCCACGCGCUCGUCUCGCAAGACGCACCCGCGGCGAAAGACCAGAUUCGCAAGGCUGUCGAAGCGCUCGAGCGUAUCGACGUCUACCUCGCCAUCAUCGGUCAAGUCCCGGACGGCCUGCCCGACUCGUGCAUCGCGACGUGCCAGCAAGUCUGGUCGGUCAUGGACGCCCUCAUCGCCAAGUACGGCUCGAACCCUGCGGUCGCAGACCGCGCGACGAUUGCGGUCCGCCGCGGACUCGCCUUCUUCGACGACAUGGCGUUCGCCGUCGCGCCUGCCAUCCUCGACCGCCUCUCGUCGGCAUUCGAGCAAACGCCUGCUUCGGGGUACUUGUGGAUCACCGGCAAGGUCGUGCAGCAGUUUGCGCCCAAGCUGGACCCGGCGUUUGAUGCGGUGGUCAAGUCGGCGUUCGAGAGGGAGAGCAACAAGGUGUUUGAGCUGUUGCAGUCGACGCCGCCUUCGCAGAUUCCCGACGUCCUCGACGACUACGUCCACCUCGUCCAAACGCUGAUCGAGUCUGCGCCGCAAAACAUCUUCACCUCUCCCGCCUUCCCCGCCGCCUUCCAGUGCACCCUCACCGCGCUCACCCUCCCGUCGCCCCGCAUUGUCCUCGCCGCGCUCGACGCCGUCCGCGCAGUCGUCGGCCACGACUCUCUCCACCCCGAAUCGAACGGCUCAUUCGCCUCUCCCUCUCAGCAAGCUGCCUUCCCUACUUACGCCACCGCGAUCCGCGCCAUUAUCGAGUCGACCGCGACGCAACUCAUGCAGCUCUUGCUCGACGUCCUUGUCGGAGGAGGAGAAGACGAGCCUUACAACGUCCUCACGAUCUUGCGACUGCUGUCGAUCCAGUUCCCCACGGUCUUGGCGCAGACGAUACCCGUGGCGGUCGAGCUCUUGCCCGCACGAGCAGUGGGCCCGGCCGACAAGGCAGAGUUUCUCGCCAAGUUCAACGGCGCCAUCACGGCUCAGAACCCAAACCAGGUCAAGGACGCGUUCACCUGGCUCCUACGUGCGUCUCGUCGGAGCAGGGACCGCGCGCGUCCGCUGGAGGACAGGCGGUGA